CUCCCGCGGGAGGCGGCGGAGCAGCGCGGAGCGCAGCGCGCCGGGGCUGCCGAGCCCCUUCCCUCCUGCCGGGACAGCGGCGGCACCAAGCAAAAUGAUGGUCCAACACUCAGGCCAGGUAUCUGCAUUAGAAGUCAGCGCCUCCGCAAUUGUUCCCACUUUGUCCCCUGCAGGGUCACUGGGGUUUGAUGAUUUCACAAAUUUAACCCCCCUGGUGAAGGAGGAACUGAGGUUUGCCAUUCAGAACAAGCGUCAGUUCCACAGGAUGACUUCCACUUUGGACACAGUGACUGUUUCUGAAAGGCCAAUUGAAACAUCAAUGCUGAAAACAGAGUUUUCUCCUGAAGAGGAUGAAAGAAAAAAGAGAAGAAGGGAAAGGAAUAAAAUUGCCGCGGCAAAGUGCCGAAACAAAAAGAAGGAAAAAACAGAAUGUUUGCAAAAAGAAUCGGAGAAGCUGGAGACGAUCAAUGCGGAGCUGAAAGCCCAGAUUGAGGAGCUGAAGAACGAGAAGCAGCAUUUGAUAUACAUGCUCAACCUGCACAGGCCCACCUGCAUAGUCCGUGCACAGAACGGGAGGACACCUGAGGAUGAAAGAAAUCUUUUUAUUCAACAGAUCAAAGAAGGCACAUUGCAAGGUUAAGUGAUAUGGCAAACGUGGAGAUAUUUAAAAUGUUUUUAACAGCUACCAGAAUCCGUGGGGGAGUCUGACAUAAAGUGUAGGAUUCUAUUAGUCAAGAGCCUUUAGGAAGGGCAGAUUGCCCUCAUGAGUGGAAAGAAUAAUUUUGGCUUGACAGCGAUCCUUGCCCUUGGAAGAUCUGGUCUCAAUCAAACUGAGGAGCCUUCUGCCUCCAAUGUAGGGUUUGCACCUGUCAUACUUGCUGUUCCUAGGAGCUACAGACAACAGCUUCUGAAGUUUUAGCUCUGCUAGCAUGCAGUAUGUGCACUCACAGGUUUGUGCUAGAACACUAGGACUUCCAGCCAUGCACGGGGUACAGACAGCUCUGCUGGAUGGACACUGCUCUUCCUUGUUGCUGGUGGGGAAAGAGGACUGAGUACUUUUGAAUUUCCAGGAGGAUGGUUUCUGGCAGAAUGUACUGAUGUGUAAUGUUGCAUUCUAACCUAACACACACACACACACACAAAAACCCCUGUAGUUCCAACCAAGCUUUGUCAUAUUUUUCACGACGCUCAUGUGCGUUUUUCUGUGACUCAUCUCAGUGACUGAAUUUGAAGGGUCUAGUAAGUGUGACAAAGAAAAGUUCCUUGCAGAACAUCUAGGUAGCCUAGCUUGUAUUUUAUGAGCUAUCACUCCAGAUACUACCCCCUGGGGACAAUUCAAUUUUUCCUUGAAUUGCUGAAGAGCAGCUUGUACCGUCACUUACUGACUUGGUGACUUGAGCCCACUGAAUUGGAAAGAAGGAACUAACUGUGCAUGGGGUAUUGAUAGAGGUUUUGCUCAAGUAAAGAAAUGCAGGAGUGAAUCCCAGACUCCUGAGCCUUGAAAAAAAUAAAUAUUUUUUAAAAUUCAUCUAGGAUCUAAUCCUAUAAGCCUUAAUUCAUGCUAUUACCCCUCAGUCACAGAAGAGGUUCCAUGGAUGUCAGUGGGUCUGCUCAUGCAGAUAGCUCUUACAGGCAUAAGAGCUUGGCAAAGAUUUUUCCAUCCUGGUCAGGAUUACUUCCUUUUGCCAGGUGACUCAGAGGGAAAAGUUAUGAUUGUAGCUACUUUUGUUUUACAUUUGAGUGGCAACUACAGUCAAUCUAAAGUGUUAUUUAGAAUCUAAAGGAGGCAAGAGUUUUGAUGUAGUGAAUAAUUGUUUAAUUUUUUAUUAAAUACUAACCAUGGAUGUUUUUGAACUGGUAGAAGAGCUGCUGGACAAAACAGUUGGAGCUAUGAGUGUUGGAAUUCUGAUGUUUCUGUGAAAUUCUCAGAUUGUUUAUUUCUAUAAAAUAUACCCUUACAUUUUUUUUUUGUAAAAGAAAGUAUUAUCCUUAUUUAUCACUAAUAUCAUAAUGAGUAGAGCUAAUAAAUA